CCCACUUUCCAUUUCACACUGAAAAUGGGAACUAUAUUGGGACUGUGCUUCCUUUUGUUGCUCUCCUUCUCUCAUGUUGCAUUCUCAGGGCGGUGCAACCCAGAGGACAAGAAAGUGCUGCUCCAAAUCAAGAAGGACCUCAACAACCCUUACCUCCUAGCCUCAUGGAACCCAGAAACAGCUUGCUGCGAUUGGUAUUGUGUAGAAUGCGAUCCAAAAACGCACCGCAUCACGUCACUUAUCAUAUCUUCCUCUGUCCCGGAGACCAAUUUCUCGGGCCAAAUACCACCCUCCGUAGGUGACCUCCCUUAUUUGCAGGUUCUUGAAUUCCACAAGCUACCCAAACUCACUGGCCCAAUCCAGCCCGCCAUUGCCAAACUCACCAACCUCAGGUGGCUCAUUCUCACAUGGACCAAUAUUUCCGGCCCAAUACCCGAUUUCUUGUCCGAGCUACCCAACCUUCAAUGGCUUCAUCUUUCCUUCAAUAACCUCACAGGCCCAAUACCGAGCUCACUUUCCAAGCUACCCAACCUCAUAGACUUGCGUUUGGACCGGAACAGGCUCACAGGCCCAAUCCCAGACUCGUUCGGGUCAUUCAAGAAGCCCGGCAUAGAUCUCACCUUGUCUCAUAACCAGCUUUCCGGGCCUAUUCCGACCUCCUUGGGCCUCAUUGACCCUAAUAGGAUAGAUUUCUCGAGGAACAUGCUUGAAGGCGAUGCCUCCAUGCUUUUUGGGGUCAACAAAACGACGGAAAUGAUUGACCUUUCGAGGAACUUGCUAACAUUUGAUAUGUCGAAAGUGGAGCUUCCCACGAGCUUGAUAUCGUUGGAUCUGAAUCACAAUCAGAUUUAUGGAAGCAUUCCCCAGGAAUUGAUCAAAGUGGAUUUUUUGCAGGCUUUCAAUGUGAGCUAUAAUAGGUUGUGCGGUGAGAUACCACAAGGUGGGAGAUUGCAAAGGUUCCAGGUGGAUACGUAUUUUCACAAUAGGUGCUUGUGUGGAUCCCCUCUUCCCAGCUGCAAGUGAUAGAGUUACACAGCAUUUGAGGUUCACUAGUUGCCUCAAGCGCUAUUCUGAUUUCAAUAAAGCAAACAUGUAGUUUCAUUAAGAAUUUACAUUGAAAUACAAUGUCAAGCUCCCUGUGUAAUGAUCGAUAAAGAACAGGUUUUUUUUUACCUGAAUGAAAUUUUCCUUUUUAAAAAUUAA